CUCAAAUGUGCGAGGCCAGCCACGCCUUAUCUCUAUAUCAGAUAACCGCGUUAACUGUGUUGUGUUGUGUGUCGUGUUCUCGGUGCUUUGUGUUUUAGUCGACAAUGUUCACUUCGGAACAUUCGCAUUUGUUGCAUGCCGGCAGCAUGGGUCUUGUGUGCGGUGGUCUUCAUGCAUUGGGCCCUGACCACUUGGCAACGCUUGUGACUUUCAGCGCGUUGAUGCCACCGCUGGCAGCUGCCAAAGUUGGCGCUUCCUGGGGCCUUGGGCAUUGUCUUGGCAUCGUGAUGAUUGCUGCGGUGAUCUACGCACUGAGCAACAUUCCUGGAGUCCAUCUUGAGGGCUAUGAGUUCUAUGGGGACUAUGUAAUCGGUGUUUCCAUGAUCCUGGUUGCAAUCUACUUCAUCUGCCGAGAGGACAAGUACAUCACCUUGGAUGCAGAUGGCGAAGAGACAGUCAAGAGCUGCCCCUGUUGCCAUAGUCCGCCCGCGGAGCAUUUUCAUACCGAUCAAAAAACAAAACUCUGUGGCUCUUAUUCGGACAAGAACCACUCAGACGACGAGGAGAUGCAUGGAGAGAGUGCGGAGACAGCGCCUCUCAUUGGAAAUGAUCACAUGCAUGGUAGGGAUGUGAAGAGUGCUGCUGUUGGCUUCCUGCAAGGCAUGUGCUGCCCAAUGGGCUUAGUGCAAAUUACAUAUCUUUAUGGCAAGAGCGCCAUAGAUACCAUGGUUUUUAUCGUGGUAUGUGCCCUGGUCUCGAUCGUUGGCACAGCCACGAUUGCUGCGCUGUGGGCAAGCUUGACCAGGAGUACUAUGGCGACAGCGGUGAGUCCAAGGUUCAUGUACCGAAGCAGCUGCUUUUUGGCUUUUGCCUGCGGCGUGUUGUGGAUUAUUGCCAACUUCUUCCAUUUCCUGGACAAGGUUAACUAUGCAGAGCAUCAUAUGAUGGCCUAGAGUAGGUACGUAAACAAACUCCAGGGACUCGAUGGCAUUGGGUUCCGAGAUACGGCUUAGCCGAAAAAUGAAUAGAAAUAUGAGAGAUGAAAUUCAGUCGUGUCCUCACCGGCACCAAAACAAUCGCCAUAUGGAAC